AACCUGAUUAUUUCUAAUGAAGAGCUGUCACUUUUUGUUGAUGAUUGUGAGAUCGGUGCAUUAGUUUUCUUAGUCGAAAAUAAACUGACUUUGAUAGUGACGUGUUCACGUGACUAUCUUUAAGUCACAUCGUCGAAAAAUAUAUCAUACUAGUAGAGAAUAUACCUUCGAUUGAUCUGUGUGGCGGCAGUAUUUUGUUUAUUCGAUUAUUUCAAUCGUAGGUAGGAAACAGUAUCAUCAGUUAACUAAAUUAGAAAGAUGAAAACAAUUUGGGUGAUUGGUGGUCCUGGAUGUGGAAAAGGAACCCAGUGCAGUAAAAUAAUUGACAAAUACGGAUUGCUCCAUAUCAGCAGUGGUGAUUUAUUACGGGAUGAAGUGGCCAGUGGAAGUCCUAGAGGAGCUUCACUACAAGAAUUGAUGUCAAAGGGUCUUUUCGUUCCAACAGAUAUUGUGUUAUCACUCAUCAAAGAACGGAUGGAAAAAGCUAAAGCAGACGGAAGUACAAAAAGUGGAUUUCUUAUCGAUGGCUAUCCUCGUGAACUAGAUCAAGGAAUUCAAUUUGAAAAAGAUGUAUGUCCAGUUGAUUUGAUUAUUUUCUUUGAUGUGGCCAAUGAAACUAUGAAAUCAAGAUUACUUGGACGUGCUGCUGUAUCUCAAAGAGCUGAUGAUAAUGAAGAGACUAUAUUGAAAAGAAUUGAGAUAUUUAAUGUAAAAAAUAAUGAAAUUGUUGAACACUACAAGGAUAGAGUAGUCAGAAUUGGUGCUGAAGGAUCUAUAGAUGACAUUUUCGCUGAAGCCUGUAAAGCAUUAGAGCCUCUAUUCAGUUUAUAAAUAUUCAACUUGAUGUAAAAAUUGCUACUGAUAAUUCUACUCCAAAAAGGCCUUGGACAACAAAUUCUACGCAAUGCACAUUUUUAAUUUAUCUGACACACAUUACGGUCUACAAUCACGCUGCAAUCUUAAGCCGGAAACAGGCAAUUUUCUACUGUCAAAUUUUCAUGAAAUAUUAUCUUUGUAACUACUUGUGAUAUGUAAUCUAGUAGUUCUAGUUCGGUAACAAUCGAAGAGAGAAAAAUUUUAAUGUUUUAGAUACAUAGAGUAUCUAUUCAAAUUCUAUCGAAACUUAAUUUAUUAUUCAUUAAUAAUAUGCAUAUAUAUACAUAUAGAUGUAUACAUAAUCUAUAUUUUUUGACUAAAAUAAUAUCACCUAAAAGUACUUAAAUAGAGUGUAUUUAUUGUUAGUGUUUUAAAAUCUGUAAUAAAAAAUGUUGAGAAUAA